AUGAACUCUUCCAGGAUACGCAAACUCGAUACGGACGGUGAUGCAGUCUUGGCGACCGUCGAUGGCCAGUCGCGUCGCUUCAAACGCCAGAAAUUCAAUCCGGUAUCGCCCUUGUGUAGAGCUUGUCAACCGCUCGACCUCGACAAAUCUCUCGACGACGCCUUUCAGCACUUCCAGCUCGUCAAAACUAACCUGAUCAAGGGACCGGAUGGAUUAAGGGCUGCCGCACCUGUGCAUAAGGGACCCAAUAGUACUUGGCAUUUCGAGGAUGCCCUGUACAUUCACAGUUUUGGGCAUCGGCUGGCCCAGGAGUCGGCUUGCCCUCUUUGCACAUUCUUCCGGGCCAUGAGAGUACAGCCUGGCCAGUAUGAGAACUACAAGCUCCUGGCUUGGCCCAGCAGCGAGAGCUGGAUGUUUCAGCUGGACGACCUCGACAGAGGCUUAGCUGACAUGGAAUAUACCAAUACGGUGUUUAUGGCGGUCGUUCCCGAUAUUCAAGGACUUACCGGAGAGGCUUACGACUGCGACAUGAUGGAAAGACAAAUCCCAGCAAUUGGCGUUAUCUACCGUCUCCAGGCCGAUGAAACCUGGGAGCCGUCCCUGGAUGUCUUAGUUCGUCCGCGAGAACUUGCAGUCCAGGCAUCCAUGCCACUCGCACGUGACUGGUUGCAAGCCUGUAAGGAGCACCAUGGUGAAGCAUGCAAGAGCUCAGGAUCACAUCAGCCCAUCAAUCAAGGCUUCAGGCUUAUUGACUGCACGGCGGAGCCCACCACCGUAGAGUCUCAGCCUUGGGGGACCCCAUACGCGGCGCUAAGCUACGUAUGGGGAACCACUGCUGAGGACAUGUUGGAUUGGCCUCGAACGGUUCUCGACGCCGUGCUGGUGACGAAGGCGCUGGGUAUGAGAUACCUCUGGGUCGACAGACUCUGCAUCAACCAAAGUGACCCCGAAGAGAAGCGGAACCUCAUCAACAAAAUGACUGACAUAUACCAAUGCGCGGACAUUACUCUGUUUGCGGCCGCCGGCUCCGGGGCCAGCUAUGGCCUUCCGGGUGUUGGGUCCACCCCACGCAAUGCCCAGCCGCGAUACAUGCUGGAUUCUGGGAGCACGCUGGUUUCCAUCUUACGCGACCCUCGUAGAGAUGUCAUGGAGUCUGCUCACUGGACACGAGGAUGGACUUACCAGGAAGGAGUUCUCUCCAAUCGCCGCUUGGUUUUUACAGACAACCAAAUGUACUGGGAGUGUAAUCACAUGGCAACUCAGGAGAGUCUUGCGACGAUACUCUGGCAUCAAUCGGUGAACGAAAGUGAGGAAGAUCAUUCGACGACGAUGGCAGAUUUCAUGAUUGGAGGCAUUUUCAAGGGCCAUUUGUUCAGCGGUGGUCCAUUUGGCGAGCACGAGUCAAUCAAUCCGUCCGAUGACCCUCACCAAUUGAGUUACGGCUUUGCGCAGCCCGUGGAAAUCGGCGUCCGCUCUCAGUUCCGCGGGAUCGAUGAGCAUAUCCGCGACUAUUCCAAGCGUCGACUAACCCACGGCACCGACUCACUGAACGCGUUUCUUGGCAUAACCAAUGCGUACACGCGGCUUCCGGAUUUUUAUCUUCUGCACGGUCUUCCUCUUUGGAUGGGGAAAGUUGCCGGCUCGUUCUCUGGUGCACAAAUAACGUUUGGUCUGACCGUCAGCGCCUGGUAUCAUCUUGGGAGUGGCAUACAGAGAACAUUCACCUGUGAGGCGUCUCGUCGGAGAACUCACUUUCCCUCAUGGUCCUGGGCCGGGUGGGACGCUGGCGAAAGGGGCGCGAUAACCUGGCGAUCGCCUCCACAGUUUGAACAUGCUGCUUUGACCGCAGAUCUGAUCAAGUGCGGCCGCGAAGAUGCGUGGCCACUAUGGGCCGCAGAUGUGCAUCUAUUCAACCAGGGACAAUUUAGAGAUAAUCGACCUCCGGCCAAAACGGUUAGGUUAAGAGACUGCGUAGGUGGCAUAACACUGGAGACGGAGAAACCAGACCUCAUUAUGCUCCAGAAUCCAUAG